GUCCAAAAACACUUCAUAUAUAAGCUGAUCCAUUAUCUAGCAUUAUUAUUGCUUUAUUAGCUAUAGGUGUUUUCUAGGUGAUCAUGGACCUAAUCACAAACAUGGUAACUGAAAAGCCUGUGGUGAUCUUCAGCAAGAGCACAUGCUGCAUGAGCCACUCCAUCAAGUCACUGAUACUUAGCUUUGGCGCAAGCCCCACAGUUUAUGAGCUUGAUGAAAUGACAAAUGGCCAACAGAUUGAAAGGGAACUGCUUCAAAUGGGGUGUCAGCCAAGUGUACCAGCUGUGUUUAUAGGACAGCAAUUUAUUGGUGGCCCCCAAAGUGUCACGAGUCUGCAUAUUCGGAAUGAGUUAGCACCACUGCUGCUCUAAAUAAUUAAUAUGCCAGGGCUAUAUGGAUUCGAACCAAAAGUAAUUAAUUUCUACUAAAUAAAAAGAUUUUGAACUCUGGCUAUCUGGUUAUAUACAUGCCUUUGUUCUCUUACUAAAAUAAAGUCACAAUGCGUGGUCCAUCUCA